AUGUGGCUGUUGAUAUUCUUAGCCUGGUUGGUGAUAUGGGCUGGAGGGACGUACUGGUAUCUUUUCGGCAAGCCAAGCCCUUUCUCUCUGGAGUCAGUGAGGCCUCCGGUACCCCGGGAGUUUGACCAGAGGAAGAGGGACAAAGUCAUCAAACAAGGUUUCAGUGUUGACAAAGUGCCCCAGAACCUGGAUGCCAUAGUGAUUGGUAGUGGCAUUGGGGGCCUGACGGUGGCGGCCACGUUGGCCAAAGUGGGGAAGAAGGUCCUGGUCCUGGAACAGCAUGACCAGUCAGGAGGCUGCUGUCACACCUACGUAGAGAAAGGAUUUGAAUUUGAUGUUGGUCUCCACUACAUCGGCCAGCUUCAUGAGAACAGUCUGCUGCGUAUUGCCUUCGACCAGAUCACCGAGGGCCAGUUGGAGUUUGUGGAGCUGGACCAGCACUUUGACACCAUCCAGAUUGGUGAGGGAGAGGACAAACGCGAGUACACCAUCUUCUCUGGCAAGACAGAGAUGGAGGCUCACCUGAAAAAUCAGUUUCCAGACGACGUCACUGCCAUUGAAACUUUUUUCAAAAUCAUGAAGGUGUCAGCCAAGAAGACUCACUAUCUGGCCUCUCUGAAGCUGAUCCCCCAGUGGCUGGCUCUGUUCUUGCUGAAGUCCGGCAUCACACACCUCUGCUCCUCCAUCUUUACCCUCUCUGGUACUGGAGCUACAGACCUGGUGAGCACCUUGACCACCAACAAGGACCUUCACGUCAUCUUCAGUUACCUCUUCUACGGUGUCCCCCCCAAGGAUUCCAGUGUUAUGAUCAAUGCUCUUCUGUUGCACCACUACAAGAGAGGAGCGUACUACCCUAAAGGUGGAGCCAGUGAGAUCUCCUACCACAUCAUCCCUGUCAUCCAGAAGUCUGGAGGCAACGUCCUGGUCAGAGCACCUGUCACUCAGAUCCUGGUCAACAAUGACGGGGCAGCAUAUGGUGUAAAGGUGAGAAAGGGACAGGAGGAGGUGGAGGUACAUGCUCCUGUGAUCAUCUCCAACUGUGGUCUGUUCACCACCUUCCAGAAAUUACUGCCCCCUGAGACCCAGACCAAGCCAGACAUCCAGGAACGUUUGGACAUGAUGAAACAUGGCAGAGGAUCAUUAUUGGUCUUCUCUGGCUUUGAUGGAACCCAAGAGGAGCUGGGUAUUGUCUCCACCAACUUCUGGCUCUUCAAAAAUAAUGAUAUGGAUGGCUCAAUGGAAGGGUUCUUUGCCAUGAGUAAAGAGGAUGCACCUGAUAACAUCCCUAUGAUGUUCAUCACCUUCCCCUCUGCCAAAGAUCCUACUGCCAAGACGAGACACCCAGGGAAAUCCUGCAUGACGAUAUUGACCAUGGUGAAGUACGAGUGGUUUGAGGAAUGGGCAGACACCUCAGUAAGGAAAAGGGGAGAUGACUACAUCAACUACAAAAUGAAAUUUGCAAACAAUCUCUUUGACUGGGCGUGCACCCUAUUCCCCAAGCUGAGGGAAAAGUUGGUGUUCCAGGAUGUUGCGACCCCCCUGACUAACAUGCACUACCUGGGAGCCCAGCGCGGGGCCAUGUACUCUGCUGAGCACAACCUGGACCGCUUCCAUGCUGAGGCUGUGGCCAGGAACCGCUGCUCUACCCCUGUCAAAAACCUCUUUAUCUCAGGGCAGGAUGUGUUCAGCUGUGGGAUAGCAGGAGCGUUGCACGGGGGUCUCCUGUGUGCCUCCACAGUCCUGGACCACAUUGUCUACAUCGACCUCCUCUUCCUCAAGAAGAAGCUGAAGAAGCAGAAAGUCAGAAAGAUGGCCAGGCUGGUUAAGAAGCUCGAGUGA